AGCGUUUAACAAGGAGCUCGCGACUUGUCAAAGAAAAAGUUCAAAGAGAAAGGUGGCGAGGCGCUGUAGGGAGGUCGUCUUAGGUCAGACAAGAGGGUAAAGUCGAGCGAAGGCCGGGCGAAAUACGACGCGCUGCGACCAUUGGUAGGAAUAUGCUUAUUUUAUUCACGGGUAUAAUGUGCCAGGUUUGAUUAUUCAAUUCAACGAGUGGGAGGAAAGCGACGCGAAGCGAUGAAAAGAAAGUUUCGCUAAGAUGAUGAGAAACAAAGCGUGGAAGGACCUCUUAUCAGCCCUUCCUAUAAACGCGCAAGCCACACAGUUGCCCUCUUUGAUUUCUCGUGUGUAUCCAUCACAUUGUCCUCCAGAGACUCCGGGGAAAGGACUGAAAAAAGAGAGAGAGAGAGGAAGAUUUGAGCUCCUGGGCGAUGCCACUCACGUGAUUCCUUCAAGAUUCUCGAGGAAUUCCCCUAGAUUUUCGAGCGCGCGCGAGAGCAAGAGAGAGCAAUGAGUAUGCAAUACUCGCGGAACGAGGCCGGUGGCGUGGGCGUGAUUCCUCCGCGGCACCACCACGCGCAGCGAUCGAUUGGCGGUGGCGGUGGCGAUGGGGGGAGUGGCGCCGCCGACCGGGUUUGUUCUCCAGUCUCUCCCCUAGAUCAAUCCAUGGGCGGCGGCGGCCGCGGCGGGGGAUCGUGGUCGAGCCAGAGCUCCGGCUCCUCCUCCUCCCCGCCCACCGCGGUGAGCUCCGCCGCCUCCAAGCCCUUGAAGCAGGAGGAGCUCGAUUUCUACGCGAAUCCCUCGCAGCGCCAGCAGGAUUAUAACAGUAGCUCGAGCAGCAUCCAGCACGCGCUGCGCGAGAUCGAGAGCCGGCUCCUGCUGGACGACGACGACGAGCUCGACUACAAAUCCUCGCCGGAUUCCUCCACCACCUCCACAUUCAUGCUCGAUCUCCUGGGCGGAGGCGGAGGGGGAGCCGUGCUUGCGCCCAGCAUCUCGCGGGAUCUGGUGGAGCGGAUGGGCGACCCGCGGCAGCUCCUCCUCCUGUGCGCGGAAUCCAUCGCCAACGGCGACUUCGCGCUGGCGGAGGUGGUGAUCUCGCGCCUCAACCAGGUGGUGUGCAUCUACGGCCAGCCCAUGGAGCGGCUGGCGGCGUACAUGGUGGAGGGGCUGGUGGCGCGAAUCCAAUCGUCGGGCACGGGGCUGUGCCGCGCGCUGCGGUGCAAGGAGCCGGUGGGCAACGAGAUCCUCUCGGCAAUGCAGGUGAUGUACGAGGUGUGCCCGUACAUCAAGUUCGGCUACAUGGCGGCCAACGGCGCCAUAGCCGAGGCGCUCAAGGACGAGCCACGCGUCCACAUUAUCGACUUUGAGAUCGCGCAGGGGACGCAGUACAUCGCGCUCAUCCAGGCGCUGGCGCGGCGGCCGGGCGGGCCGCCGACCGUACGGAUCACCGGGGUGGGAGACCCGGCGGCGGGCGUGGCGGCGCCGGGCGGGGUGGCGGCGGUGGGGCGGAGGCUGGCGGCGCUGGCCGCCGACCACGGCGUGCCCUUCGAGUUCCACGCCGUGCCCGUCAGCGGCGCCGGGGUGACGGACGCGGCGGCGCUGCAGCGGCGGCCCGGCGAGGCGCUGGCCGUCAACUUUGCCAUGCAGCUGCACCACAUGCCCGACGAGAGCGUCAGCGUUUCGAACCCCCGGGACCGGCUGCUGCGCAUGGCCAAGUCGCUGGGCCCCAAGAUCGUGACGCUUGUGGAGCAGGAGGCCAACACCAACACCGCGCCGUUCCUGGCGCGGUUCAAGGAGUCGCUCAGCUACUACGGCGCCGUGUUUGAGUCGCUGGACGUGACGCUGCCGCGGCAGAGCAAGGAGCGGAUCAGCGUGGAGCAGCACUGCCUGGCGCGGGAUCUGGUGAACCUCAUCGCCUGCGAGGGGGCCGAGAGGAUCGAGCGGCACGAGGUGAUGGGGAAGUGGAGGGCCAGGAUGAGCAUGGCCGGGUUCAAGCAGUACCCGCUCAGCCGCUAUGUCAACCAGACCAUCAGCUGCUUGCUCAAGACGUAUUGCGACAAGUAUAAGCUGAGCGAGGAGGAUGGUGUCAUCUAUUUGGGCUGGCUGGAUCGAUCGCUCGUGUCGGCAUCGGCGUGGAAUUGAGGGGAGAGGCUCCAAGAGGAGAGAUGAGUCUCUGGGACUUUGGUGGUCAAGGGAGAAAUGUGAGAGCGUGACUGGCGCGGCACCAACCCAGCACGACCGCGCAAGCUACUGGAGGAUCGAGGAAAGGGACUGGGGAGGCUAUGAAGCUCUUGCUUGACCGCUUGACUGGACUGGAUCAGUUGACACAUUUUUGCAUUUAUUUUCUAAACGUCAGCAUGACACCAGGCUGAUGAAAGCCUUUUAUUACAACUCUUUAGUAAGCAUAUUUAAAUAAUCUAUGAAACAUGAGAGAUGAUCCCUUGGGUUAA